CUGCAUGGAUUCCUGCUGUUCUGUAUUUUUUUGUAUCAAGCGUAAAAGAAACAAGUGUGCAGCAACAUGAUGGAUCACAGUCACUGUUCCCCUGGAUCUCACAAUGGCGGCAGCCAUAUUAGUGAAAAUGCAAGAGAACUUGUAUCCCAUAAUGGAAACUCGCAUAUGCCAUAUCAAGGACUUCAGCACACAUCUACUGAAGACUCUCAUAUAUCAAGACAUGGAGGUUCACAUAUGUCUGGAGGCCACCAAAUUUCUCAUCAUGGGGCUAAAUACAUAACUUGCCUUGGAGGCCACCAAAUGACACCUCAUGGAGGCCAUCAUAUAUCCCAUCAUGGAAGCCACCAAAUCCCAAAUCAUGCGGGCAAGCACAUGUCUUAUCAUGGAGGCCACCACAUGUCUCAUCAUGGAUCACAGCAUAUUUCUCACCUUGGAACCCAUCAUACAUCCAAUCAUGGAAGCCAUCACAUGACCAACUAUGGAGACCAUAACAAUUCCAAUCAUAUGUCUCACCAUGGAGGUCAACACUCAUCCAAUCAUACAGAUCACGAAAUGGUCUAUAAUAGAGACAAUCAUAUGUUUCAUCAUGAAGAUGAUCACAUGUCCCGACAUGAGGGCCAUCAGAUGCCAACUCAUGGAGGAGACUAUAUGUACCAUCAUGGAGGUCAUCACAUGUCCCAUCAUGGAGGUCAUCACAUGUCCCAUCAUGGUGGUCAGCAUGCGUCUGGAAUACAUUAUAUGGCCCAUCAAAGAGGUAAUCAACUGUCCAAUUAUGGAGGUCAUCAAAUGGCCAAUCAUGGAGGACAUUAUAUUGCCCAUCAUGGAGGACACCACAUGUCUCAUCAAAUGGGUCAGCAUGUGCCUCAUUAUAGAAGUCACCACCGUAAGACAAGCAAUCACAAAACCAGUGUCCAUCGUGGAUCUGCUAGUAAAGAAGUUUCCAAAUAUUCUUCUUUAAAGCAUAAAUAUAGCUCUGGAUUUUCACAUGGUGGUCAUUGCCAUGGGAGUCAUUCUAGCAGACAUGCAGGCCAAAAUAUUUCAAAAAUCGAUAAUUUUUUGGGUGCAAAUGAGAAGCAAGUAAUGCAGGUUCUAAAUGAGCGGCUAUCAACAUAUCUGGGUACAGUUCACACAUUAGAGCAAAAAAAUGCAAAGUUGGAGAGGAACAUAUCGGAAUGGUAUGAAAAUAACACCCCACAAAUGCCUCCCGAUGGCACUCAUUAUUUCAAAAUCAUUGCUGAACUCCAGAGUAAGAUUGGUGAAGUUGCUAAGGAAAAUUCCAGUCUAAUCCUAGCCCUGGGUAAUGCUAAACUAGCCGCUGAUGAUUUCAAGGGCAAGUAUGAGAUAGAGCUCCAGUUUAGCGAGAGUGCUAUGACAGAUGUCAAUCAUUUAGGAGGAGUCCUUGAGGCACUGAAUGGGGAGACAGCCAAGUUUGAGACACAUGUCCAAAGUCUUGAGGAAGAGCUACAGGAAAUUAAGACGUCUAAUGAAGAGGAAAUUGACAAUCUGCUUGGCCAACUUGGAGCCAGGGUCAAUGUAGAAGUCAAUGCUGCCCCAUCUGUUGACCUGAACACUGUCUUGUCUGAGGUCCGAGAUGAAUAUGAAAACCUGAUGGACCAAAAUCUAAAAGAGGCUGAAGAAAUGUUCCGGCAAAGGAGUGAGGAACUGAAUCGUGAAGUGGUCUCUGGAUCUGAGCAGUUGCAGUCAUUCGAAAUGGAAAUCAUUGAAAUGAAGCGGAACAUGCAGGCCCUGGAGAUUGAGCUGCAGAGUGAAAUGAGCAUGAACUCAGCUCUAGAGGGUACAUUGGAAGAGAUACAAGGCACUUUUGGCUCUAAGUUGGAACAACUACAGAGUGUUAUCAACGAUGCAGAGUCUGAACUGGGCCAAAUCCGUUCUGACCUUGAGCACCAAAACAAUGACUACAAGAUUCUCAUGGACCAGAAAACGCACCUGGAAAUGGAAAUUGCCACUUACAAACGCUUGUUGGAUGGGCAUGACAUUACAGUUACUGGACCCCAGACGUCAGGUGAACAUCAAGAAAUCAUAUCAGAGGACUGGAGAAAAGCAGAUGUGGUACCUAAAUUUAAAAAGGGUUCAAAAGGUCAACCCAGAAACCAAAAAGGAGCUCAACAUCUGUGA